AUGAGUGCAAGUUUUAUCAGGAUUGUGAUUGUUUGGUUGGCAUUUUUGGCACUAGGUGCUGUAAAGCCAUGUGAUCACCGAGUUCAGAUACAAGGGCUUGUUGUUUCUGUUUGGGUGUUGGAAAGCUUGAAACUUGUGGUGAAAUUUCCUCAGAAUGAUGUUGAUGUCAAGAGGGUGGCCUCUAGCGUUUCCAAUCUAAAAUCUCUUGUGCAAGCCUUAUCUCUUGUUGUUAACUAUAUUUACAUCAGCACUCGAUUGAAAGGUAUUCAUAGUGUGGAAGAUGUUGAAAUAGAUAGACAACUCAAGAUUCUGAACAAGCCCUACAUCAAAAGCAUUGAGACUGAAGAAGGUGAUAUCUUUGACUGCGUUGAUAUCUAUAAACAGCCUGCCUUUGAUCAUCCUUUGCUUAAAAAUCACACCAUUCAGAUGAAACCUAGUGGUUUCCCCAAGAAAGUGGUGAAUGCAACUUCACCUGCAGGCAGGUCUUCUGCACAAGGGUUGAGAGAAGGCUGUCCAUUUGGCACAGUUCCCAUCAAGAGGGUUGGAAAGGAAGAAUUGAUUGCGUCUAAAAUGUUCAUGGAAAAGCAAAACUCUCAUCCAACCGAUAUUUCCUUUGCUGCAUUUCAUUAUGCAACAAGAAUAUUAGCAAGCAGUGCUGGUAGACAGUAUUUGGGAGCCACCGCGGAAAUCAAUGUACAAAAUCCACUAGUUACUGAUAAUCAAUUCAGUCAAGCAUUUGUACAGAUCAAAAGUGGCCCUGGUGUUGCAGUUAAUACCAUUCAAUUUGGAUGGAUGGUAUAUCCAAAAAUAUUUGGUGAUAAUAAGACACGAACCUUUGCCUCAUGGACUGCCGAUAAAAAUGGUUGUUUCAACAUCUUCUGCUCUGGUUUUAUUCAAGUUAACCCAACAUAUCCUCUUGGUUAUGUUCUCAAUAAGAUUUCCAAUUAUGGAAGCAAAGAUCAAUAUGUAAUUCAAUGCAACAUAUUCAAGGAUCCCAAAUCAGGAAAUUGGUGGGUUGCAUAUGACAACUUAGAGGAAACUAUUGGGUAUUGGCCAAAUUCCUUAUUUACUAGUUUGUCAAGCUCAGCUAGUGAGAUAUCAUGGGGAGGAGGAGUUUACAGUGACAGCAAUGAAGCUAGUCCUCCAAUGGGAAACGGCCAUUUUGCAGAAGAAGGCUAUGAGAAGGCUGCUUAUUUUCGAGACAUUCAAAUUAUUGAUGAAUCCAACAAGAUGGUAUUUCCCGUAGAAAAUUUACUGCACUUUUUCACAGAUAGCCCAAAAUGUUAUUCCAUAGCUGCAUUUGAUACUCGUCAAGCACACCAUGCUUUCUUAUAUGGUGGUCCUGGUGGAAGCUGUGCAGAGUAA